AUGGUUCUCUCAUUCAUCUUGGUCCAGAACCGGCAGGGCAAAACGCGCCUUGCAAAAUGGUAUGCGCCGUACAGCGAUGAGGAGAAAGUCAAGCUGAAAGGCGAGGUCCAUCGCCUGGUAGCACCAAGAGACCAGAAGUAUCAGUCCAACUUUGUCGAGUUCAAGCGGAGUACGAAAGUCGUUUACCGGAGAUAUGCGGGGUUGUUCUUUUGCGCCUGUGUCGAUGCUACCGAUAAUGAAUUGGCGUACCUCGAGGCCAUCCAUUUCUUCGUCGAAGUUCUAGAUCAGUUCUUUGGGAAUGUGUGCGAGCUGGAUCUGGUGUUCAAUUUCUACAAGGUAUACGCGAUUCUGGACGAAGUGUUUCUGGCAGGCGAGAUUGAAGAGACGAGCAAGCAGGUCGUAUUGACGAGGCUCGAGCAUUUGGACAAACUGGAGUGA